CAGAAAAAAAUGUGUAUGGCCAUUGCUUCAUUUGCCCCAAAACUAUAUACAAAAUGGUUCAAAAGUGAAAGAUAUAUCAUAGCUGCUGCAUUGCAAAUAGCAAUGAACUCACACACAACACCAAUUCAUGUAUUACACAUCUCAUCAUUCAAAAGCUAUUUCCCAAAUUCAGCUUCAUUUCCAUCUUUUAAGCCUCUCAAUUCCACUCCUCUCAGAAAAACAGCAAAACAUCACCUUGUUCAAUAUCACAGAGAAAGAACAAGAACCAGAGCAACUCUUGAUGAAAGAGAUCAACUUUCCUCAACCUCACCUGUCAUUGAGGACGAGAAACCCAAAAGGGAAGUAGAGGAAAGUGUGAAAGUGCUAAAAAAUGCAGCUAAAACAAGAAAGGUACCAUUAGAGGAGAUUCUUUCUGCACUUUCUGUCAUUGAGAAAGCAAAAGUUGAUCCUUCUGGUUUUCUUGAAAUCCUUGGAGGAAAGGAAUCCCCUGGGAGAACCUGGAUGCUAGUUUUUACUGCAAAGAAAAAAUUAGAAGGUGGUAGAUACUUUCCUCUCACAGCUGUUCAGAGAUUUGAUGCUACUGCUAAGAGGAUCGAAAAUGGUGUAUAUCUUGGACCUGUUGGACAAUUAACAUUUGAAGGCAAACUUUCGUGGAAAAACAGAAUACUGUCUUUCAUUUUUGAGAACCUUCGAAUAAAAGUUGGACCUUUAAAACCUCUACAAAUCAGCCUUGGACAAAAGGAAGACAGGGAACCAAGCACUAAGGAUCCUUUUUUCAUCUGGUUUUAUGUUGAUAAUGAAAUAGCUGUUGCUCGAGGCCGAAGUGGAGGCACUGCAUUUUGGUGUCAGUGUCGUCAGGUUGAUAUAUAGCUUUCCUUUCGUUCUUUUGAUACUUAUGAGUUUCUGACUUAUUGGAAAGAAAGAUUCAUGUAGAUAAUUUGAAGUAGUUGAAGUUCAUUCAGGUGAGUUGCUUAUUUGUACUUGUGUACUGUUUAGCUGUAUACUUUACAUACAAUCCAGGAAACUGAAAUGUAUAGGUACUUUGAAUUGAAGUUUUUAUUUCAUGAUAUUUUCAUGAUAAUUACAUAUCGAAUUAGUCAUUCUGAA